AUGCCACCAAAAAGAAAACGCGAUGCGGAUUCCAAUGUAGCAAACGCCUCUUCAACGACGCGAGUAACUAGACGAUCUACUCGGAGUUCUAAGAAAUCUGUAGAUGCUCCCGAAGUGGACGCAGCAACAAGCUCGAACGCGACGACCUCGAAAACGAAAACGAAAAGAGUCAACGCGUCUGGGAAUUCAGCCGAAGAGGAGGACGAGGAAGAAGCCCCUCCUCUCAAGAAAGCCAGAACAUCCACGAGGGGUAAGGCAGCUGCGAAAGCGAGCAAAGGAAAAGGGAAGAAGAAUUCUCACGACGACAACCCAGAGACCGUCAACGAGGACAAUGAGAAUAAGAACGCUCCAUCCAAGGUUAAUGGUGCCAAAACAUCAGCAAUGACAAAGGCAGUCACGAACGCAGAACCCUAUACUCCUGAACGAGCUUUGAGUCUUUUCGGAAAGUACGCCGACGAGGCAGACCCGGACAUUAUAGGACCUGGAGGUUUGGAACUGUUAUGCAAAGAUGCAGAUAUUUCUAUGGAAGGUGUCUUGCCGUUAUUAUUGUCGUGGCAGUUGAAUGCAAAAGAACUGGGCACGUUCACGCAAGGCGAGUGGGUGGCUGGGACGGCGAACUUGAAGAUCUCAUCGCUCCAAAUUCUGCGACUAGCGUUGUCAGAUCUAGAAGACCUCUUAGUUAUGGACAAACCUCCAUUGAAACCACUGAAGAACGAAUCAUACAAUCGAACGUCUUACUGGACCUACGCAAAAGACAAGAGGCACGCGUUCCAUCAGUUUUAUUCAUUUUGUUUCAACCUCGCCAAGGCCGAGCAAUCCCGCAACAUCGAUAUGGAGGUUGUCACUGCGCUGUGGUCAGUUAUACUACCACCGAGGUUCCCUAUCAUGACCGAAAUCAUCACGUUUAUAAAUGGGAAAGGUACCUAUAAAGCGGCUAACAAGGAUUUAUGGAUAAUGAUGCUUGAAUUUUGCGAGUCGGUGAAACCUACGCUAGAAGGCUAUGAUCAAAGUGGAGAUGCGUGGCCCACUUUGUUAGACGAAUUUGUGGAAUGGAAGAGGAGUCAAGGAACCGCUUCGUCGUCUUAG